UAUCUACUCGCCAACACAGCAGUUGCUUGGUUAACUUCUCUGAAACUCUGCCUCAACUACACCAUCAAUAAUUAUGCCUAAACGAUCCGUAGUUCAGCCCAAGCGAGUCAGCAAAAAGCUGCCUUCAGAUGGCGAUGCAAAUCCCAAGCAGAUGCAAAACUCGCACUUCCCUCGCUUCGGCGAACUUCCCCCUGAAACGAGGCUUCAAAUCUGGCGCGCCGCUCUUCACCAGGCGACUGUCAACAGAACGAUUCACGUAGAGGUGCAUCCCCAGAUAGGGACAACUGCACACGCCUGUUUCACCAGCACCGGAGUCUUUUGUGGCCGGCACGGCAGCUGCCCAUCAUUCCGAGAGGGUGUCCCGCACUGGUCAAUCGGCUGCAUGUCCGAUGGCUAUUUCGCAUCUACCGACCUGGUUUCCAGCCCCGAGGACUCAGAGUCCUCUUCGGCAAUGACCGGCCUCAGCCUUGCUUGUCGUGAAUCUCGCAUGACGGUCCUCGAGUUAUACCCCAAAUUCUUCAAAGUGUAUCAAGGCCCCUGGCACCCAGGCGCCAAAAGUCGUCUGGUCCGCUGCCGUCCAGAGACGGAUAUGCUGGUGAUUUAUGCAGUGCCAGACGUGAGCCUGAGCCACACACGUUAUGAAACAUUGACCAGCGACGAGCAUUGGCGGGCCCUGAACGAGUCUCGAAUGCAAAGGUUUCCCUACAAUAACAGAGACUUCGCUGCGUUCAAAGAAAUGGUUUCUUGCUUCCAGAAUGUAGCAAUAUUCUCUCGCCUUUUUGGCGGGGGUGAAAUGUUCCCGCAAGGCUCGCAGGAGAGCGAUGCUAAUAUAGUUCCUGGCAUUGAUCUCUUCAACAGCACAGAUAUGAUGGCACUGCUUCUAUUUUUUAAAUCGUUGAAGAACCUUUAUUUCUGGCUUGAUCCGGUCUGCUAUGCCAAUGCGUGGGACGAUGCCAUUCGCGUCAGCAACGUUGAGGACCUAAAAUGUGAUGAAGAGCCUGAUGUUGUACACAUGAGAGCAACUGUCGAGGAUUUUAUCCACAGGUACAAUGAAGACGUGGAAGUUGAGAAGAACCAUUCUGUGGUCGCCGACAACACGCAUUGGAUACCACAGCCAAAGCUGCUUGAACAAGUUGGAUGCCUUUGCCCCGCUUCUUGGUUACAAUGAUGAGGGCCUCCCACACAUCCCAGUGUAUGAUUCGAUAUCUGUCAGAAAGCUAUAAGUUGGAAUAUGAACAGGCGAGUUACACGCAAUGUACGAUUAAUUAAUGCAAUAUAGUGUUUGUCCAUUUGGCAAAGGGCCAUUGGAUUGUAUGAUGAUGGCGUCUGCAAAGUACAUAUACCUAAUAUAUAUAAUUGAUUGCCAA